CCAACCCAGCCAGACCCAGGCGGGCGCCCCACUGUCUCUCCUCCUCGGUAUUCUAUUCCUCUCCCGAUUUCGCCUCGCCAUUCCUCCCCUCCAAUCCGCCCGGCGACGCCGCGCGCGGGGUCCUCCGCCUCCUGCGGCGCCGGCGACAACCCGCCCGGUGCUAGGGCUCCGGUGACCUAGCCCCCCUGCCCCGGGCGAUCGCGGGGGAGAUCCAUGUCCGCGGACACGCCCCCGCUCCCGCCGCCCGCGCCGCCGCUCGGCGCGCUGGAUCCCGAGGCGGAGCCCGCGCAGCCGCUCGAGCCGCCCGAGGUGAUGCACAAGACGAGGGCCGUUGACUUCCUCGGCCGCCGCACCCCCAUCGUCUACCAGAACGACAACGGGCCCUGCCCUUUUUUGGUUGCAGGUAACGUGCUGCUGCUGAAGAACGUGAUCAGCCUGAAUCCGGAUGCAGGCGAGGUGUCGCAGCAGAAGCUGCUGUCCCUCGUCGCCGACCGCCUCAUUGACUCCAACAGCAGUGCGCAGGGCAAGGACGAGGAGUACGCCCGCAACUGGGAGCACAACAUCUCGGACGCGAUAGACCUUCUACCGCGCCUCACGACCGGCAUCGAUGUGAAUGUCAUGUUCAGAAAGGUUGAUGACUUUGAGUUCACCCCAGAGCGCGCCAUAUUUGACCUUCUGGAUAUUCCAUUAUACCAUGGAUGGAUAGUCGAUCCUCAGGAUACUGACACUGCUAGUGCCAUUGGAUCAAAGUCAUACAAUGCUCUUGCUUCUGGGCUUGCUGAAUUUAAGUCAGAGAAACCAGCAGAAGAGGAUAAACAUGUUGCAGAGGAAGAAACUGUUGAUUUUGCUGCUGCAACAGCAGCAGCAUUAGGGGUUCCGUCACCUACUGUUUCUCUAGGGAAACCAUUUGAUGAAAGUACACUCUCAGAUUCAGCUGAACUGCAAAUGAGACGAGGCGACCGUGAGGAAGACGAGGAACUAAGGAGAGUCCUUAGUCUAUCCAAAGCUGAAAGCACGAAUGUUGUUGAUGGUUCUGUUUCCUUCAGCACUUCGCAGAGUCAUUCAUCCUCCAAUAUAGAGGAUACACCACGUAGUGAGAGCUUUGUAUUAGAGGCACCUGAGGUGGUAGGACCGUCAAAUAAAGAGGAAGGUAGUCAUGAUUCUACAUUACAAAACACAAAUUCUGAUGCUACUGUUAGUGAAGUCGCGUCUUCAGAAUCUGAACAAGCUUUGACCUCUAAAGAAACAGAGGAAGAUGGGAAAAGGGAUGUGUUAGUAGAGCACCUUGAUAUACCUGUUCAAUCUUCAGAAUCUACUGUUGCCUGCCCUUCUCAUGAAUCUUCUGUUCUCAAUGGCGAAGCUUCUGCUCCUGCUCCUGAUCUCGCUGAAGCUAGUAAAGAAACCUGCAGAGAACAUUCUACUAUGCAAAUUCAUGACACUCAGGCUUCUGAUACUGCCCCUCAGGUUUCUGAUGCUGAGAACAGCUGUGACUCGGCAACUGUAACUAGUCAAGCUACUCCUAUGGGUGCUACACCUCAGGCUUCUGAUACUGCCCCUCAGGUUUCUGAUACUGAGAACAGCUGUGACUCAGCAACUGUAACUAGUCAAGCUACUCCUAUGGGUGCUAUACCUGAGCAGGAUGAGAAACUUGUUUCUCUAGACACUGCUGUGCUCGCCUCUUCAAGCAUUCAGGGGAACGAGCCAAUCUAUCAAGGAGAAGAGCACAUACUUGGGGGUGGAAACAUGGCAUUUCAAACUGAAGAGCCAGUGUAUGAGGGUGAGGUGGUUCUUGCUGAGCAGGCUGACAAGAUCGUGGAAAGUAGUCAAUGCUUGGAAAAUGGAGCUGCACAUCAUCAAUGGGACCUGAUUGAUAAUUUUCUACAGAGCACUGCUAACCAGCUGACUGUCUAUGGUUUGUUUUGUCUACAAGAGGGUCUUAAGGAAAGAGAGCUUUGUGUCUUCUUCCGCAAUAACCACUUCAACACUAUGUUCAAGUAUAACGGAAGUCUAUAUCUCUUAGCAACUGAUCAGGGUUUUUUCGGCCAAACUGAUUUGGUAUGGCAAACGUUAGAUGAGGUGAAUGGAGAUGGGGUUUUUCUCACUAGUAACUUCACACCAUUUAUGGCUGAAACUCCCAGAAAUGAUUCAUGGAAUCAACAGCAGGCCAUGACGACUACUGCUGACUAUAUUGCUCAAUUUGACAAUUCUCUGCCAAACUCAUCUGGAGACUCGGAUUUAGAGCUAGCUAUCGCACUUCAACAACAGGAGUUUGGGCAGCAACCUCAACAACACCAGCCUCCACCACAGCAGCAGCAGCCUCAGCAACAACAGCAGCAGCAACAGACGCAAACACACCAGACACCCAAUCAAUCAUCAGGCCGGCCAGGACUUGUUGUUGGCCCAAGGAGGUCAAAUGUCCCGCCGCCUGCAAGAACCGAGUCGAAGAAAGAGAAGUGCAUUGUAAUGUAAAGAUAUUCCAGGAACAGAACAGGAGAAAAGAAAAAGGAGACAAGAAGCACCAUACAUAUACUGUAAAAAGGUCUUCUUGUCUCAUGCCGCACCGUGCUUGCGGCACGGCAGACUUAAAUUUGUAGCCAGCCUCCAUCAAGCCGUUUCUCGUUUUUAGCUCUCUUAUUUCUUCGUUGUUUUCCCUUGUGUAAAUACCCUCUUGGAAAGCCAUAAAACGUGAAAACAGAGGUCGAUGUGUUUACGCUGCAAUGUGAUUGAUCAAACUCAACUCAUCGUCUAUGAAAAGCCGUGGUCUACACUCAA